AUGACCCCUAACCAUGAUCCCGAAGGAACCGGGUCCUCUUCAAAUAUGCAAUCGAUGGGUGUCUCCUCGACGGUGAAUAAUAGCACAAUCGGCAAUACUAACCGAACCAUUGAUAUUAUCAAUGAUAACCUGCCCGAGUCAGAUGUCCAGCUAUCAUCGCCCAAAUUGUUAGCCUCUUCGGUCGAUAACAAUGUGAAUAUUAAUGGGAGGUUUAUUCCAUCGUCCUCGACAAUUUCCUUACUCUCGUUGGGUGCUGAUGAAGGAUCAGCCUCUUAUCAAGAUGAUCAACAUGACAUGGGGCUGGCCGAGUCAUCUGGUUUCCAAUUAAACUCUAAGAGAAGCCAGCUAUCGUUAUCCGUCAAAUCUUUGAGAAAUACCGGUGCUAUAAACCAACAAAGACACAAAUAUUAUAAUUCUGCCACCAGUGCCUUGACGUCACCAACCACCCCAUCAUCAUCGGCUCCUUCAAAGACCUUGUUCAAUAAUACCUCGAUUCCUAACUCUUCGGUUGAUCCAACUCCUAGCAACAUUUCAAGAUUAUCGGCGCAAUUGAAGAAAACCAGUUUGAAUUCUCCUGUAAACAAUCCUAUCAACACACGGACCACCAGUCCAAGAAUAUCGGAUAAAUUUGGCAGUCUUGAUGAUUCGCAGUUCCACGCUCCCAACAGCCUUCAAAAGAAAAACUCGUUUAUGAACGGAAUUAUUUCCAUCGACGAAACCCCUGACAGCCCUAACCUUGAACCUACAUCCUUCUCUAACUCUCCUUCCAAAAUUUUUCUUUUCCAUAGAAGACAAAGCAAUAACGAGAACCUUCCGAAAAACAUCAGUCAUCUUUCCCUUUCAGCUAUGGGUAAUGAUAAAGCAAACCAGCCUCCACCAUUAGUUAACAGAAGACCAAGUUACAAAAAUUUAUCAUUUCAAGAUUCAAUACUCUUUACACCGGGGUCAGCCUCCAAUUUGAGAAAUAUGAAUGGGGAUUAUGGUACCAAAGCAAAAAACAUCUCCAUAAAUUCAAUCCCUAAUCGAGGUAAUGAAUCUCCUGUUUUAAGACCGGUUCAAACCCCAGGAAGUGAUAUUUGUAUGACUCCAUUGAUGUUGUCUUCUUACAAAGGAAGUAAUAAUCUUGAUUCGAACCUGACCAUAAACUACGUGGAUAACUCGCUAAUUCGGCACCAGGAGGAAGAGCUGGCUAUUAUUAAUGAUGAAGAUGAGGAUGAUGAGGGAUUCGUAUGA